UCGGUUGUUGCAUAGAAAUCCGUAUGCGGUGUAUUACUUUCGACCUUCGAUUUCUAUAAUUCGCUUAUCUAUGGAUGAUUCGUCACCCAUCUUGUCUAUGUCACCCAUAGAUAGCUUCGUCACCGUGUUGACAUGGUGUUGACCGUGUAAGUGUUUUUAGCAAGUGGAAUUUUAUAUUACCUUACCAAUCAAAGAAAACAUCACUAUUUACGAAGUGUAAAAUUAAUAUUAAGGGUUUUAGGAUAAUUUCAAGAAAUUAAUCUUAAAUAAAUUGCUUCUUUAAUGGAUAGUCAAGUACGUAUAGAAGGCUAUUUGGUAGAUUUAGUUGAUAACGCUUGGAGAGCAGAUGUCUUGCCCAAAGAUGAUAUAAGAGUGCCCCUUUGUGAGUUGACUGACCCAGAAUCAGAUAACGGAGACGCAAAUUUAACUCCUGCUGCGAAAUCCUAA